AUGAACACUGUUAAAUCAUUCUGGGUAGGAUGGGGCUCCUUGUGUGUUGCCGGCGGGGCAGCAUAUUAUUUCGCAAAGAAGUCUAUCAACGCAGACCGACAGACCCGAUUCCAAGAAGCUGAGGCAAAGCGACGCCGUUUAGCAUCGCUUGAGCACCCCGGAUAUGGCCAAGGCGGUGGUUCAUCACAAAGCGGCAAAGGAGGUGGUUCGAACAUGUCCCCAAGUCAAGAGGCAAGCUCAGACCCGGCUCCAACGCGGCAUGAUCCAGGGAGUGAGUCCCAACGGGUGAUUGAGAAGAGCAAAUAUGAAGCAAGCCAGCCAUACCAAACGAAGAAAGGCGACAGGUUCAGUUGA